AUGUCGUGUGCUGUUCAAGCUGCCGUUGUGGCAAUGAAGGAUAAUUCUAGUCACGGCCAGGUCCCAUAUCGUGCAAAUAAUGAACAUUUGAAUAGGGUUGUUCAGUCAGUAACAGACGCUACUAAGCGUCUUUCACAGAUUUCGACUGCAUCGUCGAAUGCUAAUGUUAAUAAUACCAAGACUUCGAAGAGGAGAAACCGCGAUACGGUAGGUCCCUGGAAAUUGGGUAAGACUUUGGGGAAAGGGUCAUCGGGUCGAGUUCGUCUAGCAAAGAAUAUGGAAACGGGGAAACUGUCAGCGAUUAAGAUAGUUCCCAAAAAAUUCGUUAAGUCGAACCAGAUCAAACAGCUGCCAUAUGGGAUCGAACGUGAGAUUAUCAUUAUGAAGCUUAUCUCGCACCCCAAUGUGAUGGGUCUCUACGAGGUAUGGGAAAACAAAUCUGAGUUAUAUUUGGUAUUGGAAUAUGUUGAAGGUGGUGAAUUGUUCGACUAUUUGGUCUCGAAGGGGAAGUUGCCGGAAAGUGAGGCUAUCCAUUAUUUCAAACAGAUAGUACAAGCUGUAGCAUACUGCCAUGGGUUCAAUAUUUGUCAUCGUGAUUUGAAACCAGAGAAUUUGCUUUUGGAUAAGAAAAAGAGAUCUAUCAAGAUUGCAGACUUUGGGAUGGCUGCCCUAGAGACUUCGGAUAAACUGCUGGAGACCUCGUGUGGCUCACCACAUUAUGCUUCUCCUGAAAUCGUUCUGGGUCGGAAAUAUCAUGGAUCCCCAAGUGAUGUUUGGUCCUGUGGUAUCAUCUUGUUCGCCCUGUUGACUGGACAUUUACCCUUUAACGACGAUAACGUCAAGAAAUUGUUGUUGAAAGUACAGUCAGGAAAAUAUCAGAUGCCCCAAUGGUUAUCGGUAGAGGCUAAAGAUUUAAUUUCUAGAAUCCUGGUGGUAGAUCCAAAUAGAAGAAUUACUAUUGACCAAAUCUUACAGCAUGAGUUGCUGACGAAAUAUGAUCAGAAAUCUCGCAGUAAGUCUAAUUCGGAUUUGAAUCUGUUGAAUCGUACUCCAAAUAUUGUGAGCUUUUCGUCGGAAAGGGACAUCGAUGAGACAAUCUUAUCCAACCUACAGAUCCUAUGGCACGGUGCUGCAAGGAAACAUUUGGUGACAAGACUUAUGAAACCAGGAUUCACUGAAGAGAAAAUGUUUUAUUCUUUACUAUGGAAUUAUCAGGAGAAACAACAGAAAUCGAUGCAAAAGGAUUUAAUACCUGUUCCUACGUUGAAAACAUCGUCCGCUUCCUCGGUCAGUCCAUUGAAUAUUUCAUCUGAUGUGAAUAGUGUAACAAAUACAGCGAAAAAACAACAACAAUCAAGUAACGGAACUGUACUGCCAGCAUCGAUGGCUCCAACAAUAUCGGCCUUUGGACAACAAAUAUCAUCUGAUAGUUCUGAAUCUAGUACCCUACAGGCUCCAAAGAUCCACCAGAAAUCACAUUUCUCGAUAAGUUCCUUGAAAAAUGGAAGUUCAAAAUCUCCAAAGAAGACAAAACAGGGAUUCAUUGCUUCUUCCUCCUCCUCAAAACUUUUCCAACCAAACUUUGGCGCAAAAUCUUCCUCACAAUCGAUAUCAAAAUCCAGCUCUAAGAAGUCAUUGACUCCUACCACUCCAAAGAAAAGAACGUUACAAAACUCAGCUUCAAAGAGAUCGUUGUACUCUUUGCAAUCUAUUUCUAAACGUUCAAUAAACUUGAACGAAUUGCUUCAUGACGAGUUGCAACAUGAAUAUCCACCUCCGCCUUUACCUUCUAUUUCAUCCUCGGAGCACACUUCAUCCAAACUUGAAUCUAUUGUGGACGAUUAUGAUAGAAGUACGUCUGUGCAUGGUGCAACGAUGGAUAAUUUCCUCGGUGAAUCUGGUCAGCACAUGAAAGCUCAACAGAAUGAAAAACUUACGCAGCCAUCGAAGAAUAUACUGGCACAACCAAAACUGAACAAUCAGCCACAGACAGAAAAUAGACAAAGUGUGACAUCAAUGAAACGGAAGACGGCUGAUAACACAAUAGCGACUGUUCCUGUUUCUAUGACUCCGUUGAAGGAUAUGACCAAUACAUUCCAAUCCAAGUCCAUGUAUGUCUCAUCUUUGGACCCCAAACGUAACAAACCUAAGCCAUCACUUGAGAACCUUCUAAGGAAGGUCAGUGUUCCACAGAGAAUCAAGUCAAGAUCUACCAUUAGAAAGCUAAGAGAUAGUGGGGAUUGGACUGUAAGCGGAGAGGCGCAGGCUUUGUUUGGUGGGAAAGGUUCUUCGGAAGGUGAAAAUCAAUUGCAAAGGCAGAAGACUAAUCCAAGUAAGUUGACAGCACCGGAAACCGUGUUAACUACCAGUACACCUAUGACUGACAUUAAGCCUGAUCUCUUACGCAUGCCAUCGUCGUUGAUCAAUUCGUCAAUGACAUUCAAAGAUCUCUCUCAGUUUAUCAUGAAUAUCGAUGAGGAUAAAGUACCAGUUACUCAGGCAUCUAAUCCUGUUAAUACUGAUCAUGAAAAACUCUCGGAAAAUCAAACUUUGAUGAUUGAAAAUGAUUCGAACCGGUUUGAGACCAGUUCCAAUUAUGACGAUUAUAACGUCAAUACUGCACCAGCGGUCACAACAGCCGGUGACAUCGAUAUUUUCGAAGACGCUCCAGACGAUGCUAAUGAAUCUGUUACUACUUCUGAGUCAAUGAUCGAUCAGUCACAGCUUAACUUGAAGAAAAAAGCUGCUUCUAUCGAUUCAAUCGAUACAAGUCAUGUCCUGACACCAGCAACGGAUGUAAGAGUCAGUUUAUACAUCAAUCAAAUGGAUAAGCUGGAUAAUUUACCAAGGGAAACGACAGAACAAAUUAUAUCUAAGUUCAAAUUGAGUCCCAUCAAAGAUAUCAAACAAAAGCGAUUUUCGAAUGGUGACAGAGAUUUAACCAUCACCGGUUCUAUGAUCUCGAUGUUCAAAGAUCUCGACGGUGAUGAAAGCCGUGCUGAAUAUGACGAUAAUGGACUGGGACUCCUAGGAAGUGCAUUAGAUACACGUCCAGUCGAAAAUGAAACCAAUGAAGACACAAACGGCACUACCGUUAAAAGAAAUUCCACUGUUCUUGUAUCUUCUAUCAAUGGCGAUAACCUGGACCUAUCAACAGAAGAACAAAAGAACGAUGAUGGAAACCAUGGUCAAGGUCAGACUAGAAGGGUGACUUUACUAUUUGAUGACGGAAGUUCUGAAUCCGAACAGGUCUUCAAACCCGUUGCCGCAGAAAGAAGACAACCGACGCUAAAUGCCAACAGUACGACGACAAAUAACGUUGGCAGCAAAAGGAAAUCCAACUACAUAAACAAAUUACCAAAGAUCAAAGAGGAUGAAGUGAAACCAAUUACCAGUAUGAAGUCUUCCUCCCCCGUUAAUUGGUUCAGUAAACUAUUACAACGGAUUAAAACCUCGAAACCAAAGCGGACAGUAUAUGAAUACCGGACCUCAAGUAUACCGUUUGAUAACAUUCACAUCUUACUCAUGACGCAAUUCGGUAAGAAUGGUGUAGAUUGUGAGUUAAAAAAGAUGGAACGUAAGGGAGAUAAAGAGUACGUGACGUACGAUUGCAAUUUCGGUGGUAUUAAGAGAAAUCGACCCAAGAGUAAAUUUACCGUUGAGAUGAGAUGCAUGAAUGGUACGGAGACAGUGCUAAGUCUGGAGACUCGCAGUAAGAGGUUCGUUAACGAUAAGGAUACUAUGGCAUCAUUUGAACGGUUCAAUAAAGACGUUGCCGGUGCAAUUAGUGCACAAGAAGAAUAA